UUUCAGCGACAGAGUGGCCCGUCCGAGUGGACAUAGACGAUCUUUGGCUGAGUCCGGGUACAAGGUGGGGCAGUCUCUUGGUCAACUUGUAAAAGUUGAGUGCUCGUCGCUUAAUGGCGGAUUUCUCAGCGAGCGACAGGAAAACACGUUAGCAGACCUGUGUUACAGUGGUGUAAGAGUUUGUAGUCAGGCGGAGCUGUGAACUGCUGGACUGACGUAGACCAGAGUCAUGGCCUCCGGAAAGAACAAGAACCAGACCUCUCUGGUCCUCCACAAGGUGAUCAUGGUGGGCAGUGGCGGCGUGGGAAAGUCCGCCCUCACGCUGCAGUUCAUGUAUGAUGAGUUCGUGGAGGAUUACGAGCCCACGAAGGCCGACAGCUACAGGAAGAAGGUGGUGCUGGACGGCGAGGACGUUCAGAUUGACAUCCUGGACACGGCGGGGCAGGAGGACUACGCCGCCAUCAGGGACAACUACUUCCGCAGCGGAGAGGGCUUCCUGCUGGUCUUCUCCAUCACAGAGCACGAGUCCUUCACGGCCACGUCCGAGUUCAGGGAGCAGAUCCUGAGGGUGAAGGAGGAGGAGGCGAUCCCUCUGCUCCUGGUGGGGAACAAGUCGGACCUGGAGGAGCGGCGGCAGGUGUCUGCCGACGAGGCCACGGCGAAGGCGAGCGAGUGGGGGGUUCAGUACGUGGAGACAUCAGCCAAGACGAGAGCCAACGUCGACAAGGUGUUCUUCGACCUCAUGCGGGAGGUUCGCAAGAAGAAAAUGUCCGAGAGCAAAGACAAAAACGGACCGAGCGGCAAAAAGAAGAAAAAGCCCUGCUGCAUACUUUAACCUCGAGGUGACAAAGUGCCAAAACCAGAAAAAAUAAAGAGAAAGAAACGCUCAGACGGGCUGAACCAAAGCAGGAACAGUCCAAACAUUCACUUCAGCAGCAGGUGAGGGAAACACCUGACAGUCCCUCACCUGCUCGUCUCUUUGGGGCAUUUAUUUUUACACCUUAAAAUGUAUUUUUCUCCAAAUGUAUAAAACCCAAAUUUAAAAUGUGUUAGUGACUCUGUGUUCGAGGAGUCUCACUUCUGUUGCUGUGUGUUUGUUUUAAAGUCGUCUGGAAACCUCGGUACUUCCCCGAUUCUGCUUCCUCUUUAUGUACAGAUCCUGUUGAGUCAAACUACUUUACAUGGCCAAAAGUAUGUGGAUGUAUGCGUUGAACGUCCUGCUCUAACAGCCUCAGCUCCUCUGAGAAAACCGUUUCUUUACAGAGCUGGAUUUGUGCACGAGAGAUUUCCUUCACCAGCUUCGUAUCAUCCCUACUUUUAAAGGUGGAAAAUGUAUCAGACACUAAAACUCUAAAGACUGUGACACCUUCUCCACCUCUGGUUUGUGCACCUAAAUUUGAACAGUUUGGAGCUUUUAGACCAAAAUAUCUCAGCCUAAAAACACCCCAAAAAUAUCAGGUUUUGAGGUGGAAAUCGUGUCUUAAAGGAAGGAAAGAGAGGAUGGAGGAGUAACGUGAGAAAGAGUCUGAGAAAAAAAGAGUGGUUCCACUCAAAACUGGUGGAAAUUCACUGCAACCAGGAGCUGAUUUGGAGGAAAAUGGGGCUUGACAGUGUCAUUUAUCCUCUGUUCUGACAGCAGAGGUAGAAAUCAGCAUUCAUGUUGCAGUGUUUGCUCUGCGUCGUCCCCGCUUCCGUCCAAAUUUCCAGUAAAUCCCAAACAGAAAAAGCUGUGACGUCUUCCCGUUAAACCUCUGCAGAGGAAAAGUUGUCUUCCAUUCGAUGGAAAUCGUUUUUGUUUUUAAAAUGACCAAAGUGUCCACAUACUUUUGGCCUCUCAGUGUUGCUGUUUGCCUCCUCUCUCCUCCUGCAGCUUCAGUGUUCACAGGAAGCAGCCGAGAGUCUUUUUAAAGUGGAAAACAAAGACAUGAAGGACGAGCGUGUCUGAGAAGCUCUGACGACAAUCUCGAUAAAAGUCGUGUUUUUGUUUUCCAGAAUGUUCCAGUGUGAGAUGUCGUGCCUUAAACUGUGUUUCCUGGUCUCUGUCAUCUCUGUAAAACUGUUUUAAAACUAAUUCACUUCCAGGAAUCUGUGAAGAAAUCACCUCUGACCUGUGCUGUUCUCCAGAAGCCAAAGAGUUUGAUCUGUUUUUGUCAUGAAUGCCCUUUAAUCAGUCUUUAUUUUCUAUGUGUUGCAUGUGUUUUUCACACAUUCCUGACAUGUAACCACACACUCCUUCCCUCUCCACCUCCCUGAUGAACACGUAUAAUUUAUAAUCACACUUUCAAAGGGAAAUACUAUUUAAAUCACUGGCAGCAUCAUUAUCCUAAAGCUGUUUGUAUUUAUGACGUCUGUGGUUUGAGGGGAACUCGUUCUGUUGCACUUUUCCAGCUGAGAUCAGUUUGUGUUUGUGUCGUCGUUGACUCGCAGACGACAAACUCGUAUUCAUUUGAUAAUAAAAGGAAAGACAGACUGA